CCGGCGGGGCGGGUCCCGGUCACAUGCCGCGGGGCCGGGCUCCGGGCUCCGGGGCUAUAAAGGCCCGGGGGAGCGGCCCGGAGCGCAGCGUCUCGGAGCCCCGCCAUGGCCACCAGCGACCCCAGCGCGGCGAGCCCCAAGGCCGAGGAGCAGCAGAGCAUCGGGACGCGGGUGGCCAGCCUGCCCCUGGUGAGCUCUGCCUACGACAUGGUGUCCACGGCCUACGCCUCCACCAAGGAGAGCCACCCCUACGUCCGGUCGGUGUGCGACGCCGCCGAGAAGGGCGUCAAGACCCUGACGGCGGCGGCCGUCAGCGGGGCCCAGCCCAUCCUCACCAGGCUGGAGCCGCAGAUUUCCACGGCCAACGAAUACGCCUGCAAGGGGCUGGAGAAGCUGGAGGAGAAGCUGCCCAUCCUGCAGCAGCCCACGGAGAAGCUCAUCUCGGACACCAAGCAGCUGGUGACGUCCUCUGUCACGGGGGCCAAGGAUGUUCUCACCAGCACCGUGGCCGGGGCCAAGGAUGCGGUGACCAGCCGGGUGACGGGGGUGAUGGAUAUGACCAAAGGGGCCGUGCAGGGCAGCGUGGAGCUGACCAAGUCCGCAGUGACCAGCGGCGUCAACACGGUCAUGGGCUCAACCGUGGGCCAGAUGGUGGUGAGCGGGGUGGGCUCCAUGCUGGAGAAGUCGGAGGAGCUGGUGGAUCACUACCUGCCCAUGACUGAUGAGGAGCUGGCCAAGCUGGCCACGGCGGUGGAGGGCUUUGAGAUGGAGCAGCAGAAGCAGCAGCAGAGCUACUUUGUGCGCCUGGGCUCGCUCUCCAGCAAGCUGCGGCACCGUGCCCUCCAGCACUCACUGGGCAAGCUGCAGAGCGCCCGCCAGAGCAGCCAGGACGUGCUGGCCCAGCUCCAGCGCACCUUGGACCUGGCGGAGCACCUCAAGCAGGGCAUGGACCAGAAGCUGCAGGGAGGCCAGGAGAAGCUGCAGCAGAUGUGGCUGGAGUGGAGCAAGAAGCAGCCGGGAGGUGGCAAGGACCUGGUGCAACCGGAGGCAGUGGAGUCGGGCACGGUGGCCGUGCUGCACGGCCUGACGCAGCAGCUGCAGAGCACGUGCCAGCCCCUGGUGUCCAGCCUGCAGGGCCUCCCGGCCAGCAUCCAGGAGCAGGCGGGCCAGGUCCGGCAGAACGUCGAGGAGCUGCGGGCCGCCCUCGCCAGCGUCGCCUCCCUGCAGGACGUGACGGCCAGCGUGCUGGCCCAGGCCCGCAGCCGUGCCGCCAGAGCCCGCGAGCUCAUGGACGAGCUGGUGGAGCACGUGGCCCACAACACCCCGCUGUCCUGGCUCGUGGGGCCCUUCGCCCCCUCGGGCCAGCGCCUGGUGGACAUGGAGAUGUCCAAGUAGCAGCUGCUGCCUCCGGGCCGGGACUAUGUCGACCCUGACCCAGGCCUAGAUAAGAGCACCUCCACUAACCCCCCCCGCCUCGCCCCAGUAACCACCUGAGCUCUGUAACCCUCCUGUCUCCCUGCUCCGGGGGUGCCUGCACCGGCUGCAGGAGCCUCCCCAAGCAGGGGCCACUGUCUCAUCUGUGCCAAGUGCAGCUUGUCCCCUGUACCCUGUCCCAGCUUGGGCAGGGACGUACUAGCAACGUGCCUUGGUGUCUUCAAGUGCCUGGGGGCCCUGGCGUGGCUCUUUCCCCAGUGCCCCCUAUUAACCCCCAGCUGCCCCCCAGGUCUAGCAUCCACCUCGCUCUCAGUGCCUAGAGCCCUCGGUGCCUUCAAGCCCCCCAGUUUUGCCCCCGGUGGCUGUGGGACCCGGUGCUGCCCCCCGGGGCCAGGGUCGGAGCCCAGCCCUGGGAGCGGGAGCCGCGUGCACUCUGCCCCCGGGACCGGCUCCAAAGCAAUAAAGCCUGGCUGGUUUUUGCACUGGA